CGGGCACCGAGUCGUCUGGCAAGACUGCGGGCACCGAGUCGUCUGGCAAGACUGCGGGCACCGAGUCGUCUGGCGGAACUGCGGGCACCGAGUCGUCUGGCAAGACUGCGGGCACCGAGUCAUCUGGCAAGACUGCGGGCACCGAGUCGUCUGGCAAGACUGCGGGCACCGAGUCAUCUGACAAGACUGCGGGCACCGAGUCGACUGGCAAGACUGCGGGCACCGAGUCGUCUGGCAAGCGGGCAUCGAGUCAACUGGCGGAACUGCGGGCACCGAGUCGUCUGGCAAGACUGCGGGCACCGAGUCGUCUGGCAUUGGAUCGUCUGGCUCGACAGCGGCAUCGGGUCACCAGGUAUGACAGCGGGCACUGGGUCACCAGGCAUCAGGUCAUUUGGCUCGCCAGCGGGCACCGCGUCAUCUGGCAAGGCAGUGGGCACCGAGUCACCAGGUACGACAGCGGGCUCUGAGUCAAUUGGCACGACAGCGGGCACCGGAUCAGGUACCCGGAUCAUCUGGAUCAACAGCGGGCAUCGAGUCAACUGGCCUAAUAGGAUCAUCAGGCUGGAUCAGCUGAGUAGGGCUUCAGGCUGAGUAGAGGCUUCAGGCUGAGUACAGGCAU